GUUUUUAAAGGAGGUGGUUGUAGAGUAAAGGGGGUGGGACCUUGUAGAGGUGUGUCAAGGUAUGUCCUACAGCCAGGUUGAGAUUGGCCAUGAGUGAGCCUGAUUGCUCUUUGUGAAACAAGACUAUGUCCCAGCACUCGGCUUUACUGGUCGCUUUGGUGGCAUUCGGAGGCUUCAAAAAUGAGCUGUUGGACCAUUGCUAAGCGGAACUUGUUAAGGACGAAUGCUUUCGGGAAUGUGAGAAAGAGCUUGUUGAACAAAUGCAAAAAGACACUGGUGAGUACACACCUGUUGCUCGCUGAGAGUGUUCCUGGCUGGAAUAUAUGCCCACAUUGACCCCAGGGCGACCACCCCAAUGUAGGCAUCGUAUGGGAUGUGUAUCAAAACAAGGAGAACCCCGGCAGACCUCGUAGAAGAAUUGGACAGAUCCAAAACCAUUUGGGCGACGUUUUUCCUCCUGCGACUCCCUUCACAUGCAUGUCACGCGUUUCACACAGUGGUUUUCGGCACGUCAGACUGUGGUGCGAUGUGCUUUGGGUCGAAGGACGUUUGCUUCAAGUGCGGGACGCCGAAGUCAAGCGGUUAUGGCGGCGGCGGUGGUGGCGGCUAUGGCGGUUAUUCAGCAGUGCCUCCGCCCACCAGUUAUGGAGGCGGUGGAUGUGGUGGUGGUGCCUAUGGUGGAGGUGCUUAUGGGGGUGGUGGCUAUGGUGGCUAUGGCUCUUGUGGAGGCUGGGGCAUGAAAGGUGGCUAUGGCGGCUACGGAAAGGAUGGCAAGGGAUGCUCCCCAUAUUGAGCCUGGCAGCUACACCCCCGCGGGCUGCGCGCCCGGAGGGGUGCGGCUUGGUGAGCCAUCGGUGCACACGUGGCGCAGCCUGGUGCGCGAGGUGCGCACCAGGCGCAGCAGGGAAGAUAGUUGGAGUUGGAAAGGCUGCAGAGCUUUCAGAGCUGGACUUG